AUGGUCAUUCCAUGCGGUUUAGUUAUUCUUUUUGAAUAGUAUUAGCUUGGAAUCAAAGAAAGCCCCGAAGUCAUGAAUGAAUUGGUGAAGAUGUGCCGGGUGUGCAUGGACGAGUCGGAUGACCUGCUAGACAUCUACGACAACAAGAGCUGGGGAGACAGGCUGAGCGCCGAUCUACAGAGAACCAAGGAGCCGGAGCCCACGCCGGCUGAUUUGCUGAAUAUCUGCAGCGCAUAUCCAGUGGAUACCGGGGACGGAUUUCCGCUGAAGAUUUGCGAGCCGUGCCUGAUAAAAUUGCGUGAGGCCUUAAGAUUCAAGAGGCGCUACACAAGGACCAUGGAAUACGUAGCCCGCGUGAAGAGGGAGCAAAGCGACAAGGAGACAUGCGAUCUCCUGGAGGCCGAGGAUUGGGAUUUCGCGGAUCCCAUCAAGAGCGAAAACGAGGAGGAGGAGGAGGACAGGAACGGGGACAGGGACGAAAAGCAACUGAAGAAGGAGAAUAACAACGAGUUGGAUAAGAAGCGGCCCUUCAAAUGCCCCGACUGCCCGAAAAGCUUCACCGGCAAGGCCCAUUUGACCCUACACAGUCGCACCCACACCAAAGUAUCCACGAGGACCAAACGAAAAACUACUAAAUAGCCCUACCGAUCUCAGCCCAUCAUUAAGCGCUUGGCAAAUUAUAGACAACUACAAUAGUUAUUAAUCAUCUUGUGUCAUCAUUU